GAAGCGGCAAUUGUAGUGGUCGGGAAACACGUGCGAGAGAAUUUCUCCGGCGUGUUAUGUCAUUUCUGCAUGAUCUGAAGGGUUGAGCCCAAAGUAGUUAGACGCACAAUGGAGGUCUUAGUGAAAGAAAUGAGCCAGAGGGCGUUGCCUUUAAAACGGAUAGAUGAGCUGCUUAAACUUCACGUUAAUAAGCACAAAGGAAAGAAUCUGCCCUGGACUAACAUUGCCAGACUCCUCUCCAAGGAAGUUGUCGAAUCAAAGUCUGGAUUUCUUUUUCAAAACAUUAGGAAACUAUGUAAAAUAAAAUUGUCGGAGACUGUUAACCAGGGCUUGAAGCUCCCCAAAAAGUCAUGUCAGAAGUACCGUGACAUGCUCAGUCGCCUCCAGACUGAAAUGCACUACAACUUUGAAGACACU